CUGCUGAGUCGAGAGGAUCACGGCCGACCCAACAACAAAGGAAAAGGGCGUAUUAGCAGGAGCGGCAGCGAGCGCAUCAUCUCCUUUGCUUCGCUCGCUCGCUCCAAGCUUGCAGCAGGUCGAAUGGAACGAUGACGAAACCACGUAAAGCAAGCUCCUUUAGCCUCUCGUUCCACCUACCGAGCUGAACCCGGCAUGCCCAUCAUCCACAUCUCCACACAUGUGCUCAAGCUGAAGCCCAACCUCCCUCCCCUGGGUCGAUGUAAGCCCUCCCUCCCGCCGUCCGCCGCCCCUUCCCCCCGCCGCCGCUGCCGUUCCUCGUCAGCUCUCGCCGUCCCGACCCGCGAACCCGUCUCGCCUCCCGAGCCCCCGAUCCCCGAGCGCAUCUUCAGCUCGGGCGCAAAGUCGGGCACCUACACUCCCGGCGAUUCCACAUUCUACUCCCUCAUCGACAGCUACGCCGGGGCGGGCGAUUUCGGGUCCUUGGAGAAGGUCCUGCAUCGAAUGAGGCGCGAGAGGCGCGUGCUCGUCGAGCGGAGCUUCAUCAGUAUCUUCAAGGCUUACGGCAGGGCUGGCUUGCCCGAGAUGGCCAUCGAUUGGUUCGACAGGAUGGUCGACGAGUUCCAGUGUAAGCGGACUGUCCGGUCCUUCAAUUCGGUCCUCAACAUUAUUAUCCAGAAUGGUCGUUAUAAUCGCGGGUUGGAGUUCUAUUCUUAUGUCAUUAGUUCUAGCCAGAUCAAUAUUUCGCCGAACGUGCUUAGUUAUAAUCUAGUCGUGAAGGCUGUGUGUAAGAUGGGAAUGGUGGAUAGAGCAGUCGAACUGUUUAGGGAAAUGCCUUUGAGAAGCUGCGUACCUGAUGUGUUCACGUAUUGCACUUUGAUGGAUGGGUUGUGCAAGGAGGGUAGGAUCGAGGAGGCCGUUUCCUUGUUGGAUGAGAUGCAAAUGGAGGGUUGCUUUCCAAGUGCCGUGACGUACAAUGUUUUAAUCAAUGGGUUGUGCAAGAAAGGUGACUUGAGACGUGCAGCCAAGCUUGUCGACAAUAUGCUUCUCAAAGGAUGUGCUCCCAACGAGGUGACUUACAACACACUCAUUCACGGUUUGUGUCUCAGGGGGAAGUUGGAUAAGGCUGUAGACCUUUUGAAUCAGAUGGUUGCUAUUAAGUUUAUGCCCAAUGAUGUCACAUAUGGAACAAUUAUCAAUGGACUGGUUAGACUGGGACGAGCCGUUGAUGGGCUUCAGGUAUUGAAAUUCAUGGUGGAAAGAGGAUCCCGUGCAAAUCAGUAUGUGUACUCCACCCUCCUUAGCGGGUUAUUCAAGGAGGGAAGGUUUCAAGAGGCGAGGAGAUUGUGGCAGGACAUAGUUGAAGGGAGAUGCGAACCCAAUACUGUAAUGUAUAGUGCUUUUAUCGAUGGUUUAUGUCGAGAAGGGAAGCCGGAAGAAGCCAAGGAAGUUCUCUUGGAAAUGAUGAAUAAGGGGAGCGCCCCCAAUGCUUUCACUUAUAGCUCAUUGCUGAGGGGUUUUUUUAGGACAGACAAAUCAGAGAAAGCUAUUCUUAUGUGGGAAGAGAUGGAAAAUAACAAUGACUUUACCAAUGCUGUCUGUUAUAGCGUUCUUAUACAUGGAUUGUGUGAGAAGGGAAAGCUGGAGAAGGCUACGAUGGUAUGGAAGAACAUGCUUGCUAGAGGAUUCAAACCUGAUGUUGUGUCUUAUACUUCAUUUAUUCAAGGCCAUUGUGAUAAUGGAGAGCUCAAAGAAGGUCUGAAGCUAUUUAAUGAGAUGCUCUGUCAGGGGCCCGGUUGUCAACCUGAUGUCAUCACUUAUAACAUACUUUUCAAUGCAUUAUGCAUGCAGGGUAACAUCUCCCAUGCCCUAAAUCUUCUGAACAGUAUGCUGCAUCAAGGAUUGGAUCCCGACUUGUACACAUGUGACAUUUUCCUAAAAGCUUUAAGCGAAAAGUUAAAUCCACCUCAAGAUGGAAGGGAAUUCCUAGACGAGCUAGUGCUACGUCUAUUCAAACGCCAGAGAGUUGUGGGAGCAUCCAGAAUUUUAGAAGUGAUGCUGCAAAAGUAUUUGCCUCCAAAAUCAUUUACAUGGGAAAAGGCUGUUCAGCAGCUCUGCAAACCUAAAAAGGUUCGAGCUGCAAUUGACAGGUGCUGGAAUGACCUAGUUUGCUGACUUUUUCGUGUUGGAGUUUCAGCAGUUGGAAUUUCAUCAUGGGUCUGCACAUUCCGAGUAUCUUACAGAAGAACUGGAGGAGAACAUGUCUACAAGACAGUCUUAAGAUCUUGGUACCCAAAGUUGGAGAAUGCACGGAUGCAUUGGGAAA